GCCAUGGGUAAGGAAGUGUACACAGAUCUUUCUAUCAUAUCAGCAAAGAUCUUUUUAAGAAUUGCCGGUGUUUGGAUCGCUAUGAACAAUGCUGAAGAAUUCCGAAGAAAAAUCUCGUUGCUUAACGUCGCUAUUUUAGCUACGUACAGCCUGUUUGUGAACACUAUGAAUAUUCAUUACUUUUGGGGUAAUGAUAUCAGCUAUUGCGUGUACUGUUUCUGCAACGUACUGUGUAUUACUUUAGCAUUAUCCAAAGUGACCGUGUUACGAAUUCGGAGAUUUGAACUGGCAGAAGUGGUUGCCUAUGCGGAAAAGCAUUUCUGGCAUUACAAUUACGAUGCUCAGGAACAGUUAUAUUUCGCCCAGUGUCAAGCGUUCUGCAAAUUUGUUAUCUACUUUGUACUUAUCAUUCCAGUAUUCGUGUUAUUCAGUUACGUGAUCACACCCAUCCUUUCAAACGUUGGACUUAAUAAAUCAGAGAGGGUACUCAUAUUCGAAGUACGGUCCAGCUGGCCUUUAAGGGAAACACCCUAUUACGAAAUAUUAUUCACGUGGCAGUCAGACACCUGUACUUCAAGACGUUUGCUUUUCGUGUUCCACGUAUUGGGUAGCUUUAUCCACUUAAUGAUAUUCACGUACACUUGCCACGGUUUGAUGGAAGAAAGCACAAAUAUUAUUACAGCGAUAUAUUUCGGAUCGUGGAAUACUUUGCCAAUGGAUAAAAUCGGCAGAUCGCUCCGAUCGGAUGUGAAAAUGAUUAUGACCAGGUCAUUAAAACCUUGUCGUCUGACUGCUGGUGGAUUUUUUCCUGUCUCCUUAGAGACCUUUACUGGGCUUGCAAGUUCCACGUUCUCUUACUUUACUCUGUUGAGGGAAUCGUUCAUGAGAAACGAAGGCUAAUAAUGUACAAAAUGGAUCUCUUAUGUAUUUAACAUAAAAAUGUAGUGUAGAAUUUUCUACUUAAAACAUAGUUUGCAUGUCUGUGUACAGUAAAACGCAAUUUUCAUAUUUCGAAGAUUUUUUAUAUGAAAGUUUACAUCGAAAGCUUUGUCAGAUUUUCAUUAAAAUUUAUACAUUAUAAAAAUUAUUCACUCAAAACCUACGUACAGAAAACUGUGUUAAGUGUCCACUUUUUGUUUGCUUUCUUCACACUAGCGAAUCCUUUCCACUUUAGUCGGGAAACAUCCUGCUGAGUUUUUCCAAAUGAUUGUAACCAGUAUGUAAGUGAAAGGAAUGAAACCGUAUGUAUGUACAAGGUGUGAUAGCUUAAGUAACUUUGACGUAUUAAAUGUGUCUGUGUCACUGUGCAAUCACUAAUGUGAUUGUCACCAUCUCAACACUACAUUAUCUUGUUCUGUUUUCGGUAGAGAACGUUUUUAUUAUUACACAUAUACUUAUA